AUGGGCUCCCUCAGCACCCCCUUCACCGUCCUCACCGACCCCCGUCCCACCGACACCACCCUCCCCGCCUUCAUGGUCACCACCACCCGCGGCUUCCUCCCCCGCGCCGACCCCAUCGUGACCCUCCCCGCCGAAUUCGCCCCGCUCGAGUCCAUCCUCCAGCGCAUGCCGGUGCAGACGCUUUCCGGCGAGCCCGGUCUGCUGGCUCCGCCGGCGGAGGGUAGCGACGAGAAGGGCGGGAAACUGGGCGCCGUGGUGGAUGGCGGGGAACUGCCGGAUUUGACGGAGGCCGUGGAGAAGUAUAAGGGGAACUUGCCGUUGAUGAAUGCGCUGUAUCGGGAUUAUUCUUUCCUGGCGUCGGCGUAUUUGUUGGAGCCGUGUCAUGAGAGGUUUGUGAGGGGGGAGGAGUAUGGGUUGGGCAGGGAGGUGCUGCCGGCUUGUGUGGCGAGGCCUAUUGCACGGUGUGCGGAGCUCUGCGGCUUCAAACCCUUCAUGGAAUACGCCGGGUCCUACGCCCUCUACAACUACCGCCUGGUCGACCCCUCCCUGGGCCUAGCCCCCUCCAACGUCCGCCUCAUCCGCGCCUUCGAACGCGGCCUCGACCCUUCUUCCUCCGAAGCCGGCUUCGUCCUCGUCCACAUCGACAUGGUCAAGCACACCGGCCCUCUCGUCGCCGGCGCCGUGGGGUGUAUCCACGCUGCUCAGGCCCAACAGUUGUCCCAGGGGAAGGAGAGUGACAAGGAGAAGCUCAACAGCUCGCUAGACCAAGUCCUCACCGCCCUCCGCAAAAUCAACAGCACAAUGGAAACCAUGUGGUCGCGCUCGCGCCCCACCGAAUACACCUCCUUCCGCACCUUCAUCUUCGGCAUCACCUCGCAGUCCAUGUUCCCACAUGGUGUCAUCUACCGCGGUGUAACCGAAUUCGGCGAGAAGCCUGUCUCCUUCCGGGGUGAAAGCGGCGCGAACGAUUCGAUUGUGCCGCUGGUGGAUAAUCUGUUGGCGAUCCCUAUGCCGGAGACGCCGCUGACGGAGAUUUUGAGGGAUUUCAGGAGUUAUCGGCCGGGGGAGCAUAGGGGGUUUUUGGAGUGGGUUAGGGAAGCGGGGGGGGAGGCGGGGUUGAAGGGGUGGGUUUGGGAUGUUUCCAAUGGUAAUGGGGAUGAGGAAGAAGGGAGGAAGAGUAGGGCGCUGUGGAUCCAGGUGUUGGACCAGGUGCGGGAGUUCCGCUGGCGGCAUUGGUGUUUUGCACGGGAGUAUAUUUUGAAGCGGACGAGUCACCCGACGGCUACGGGGGGUAGUCCGAUUGUGACGUGGUUGCCGAAUCAGUUGGCGGCGGUUAUGGAGGAGAUGGUGAGGGUGUAUGAGUUGGCCGGGGGGAGCAUGGUUGGGGGGGAGGAUGGUGAGAGGACGGAGGGGAAGGAUGUGCUGGGGGCGGAGGUGGAGGGGAUUAUGGACUUGGUUGGGAGGCAGAGGGAGAUGUUAAGGAAGGAGGUGCGUAAGUUUUGUGAGGAGCGGGGGGUCAAGAAUUAG